GAUAUCGGAUGUCUGUCUUCUCUGUUUUCUGUUUUCUUUUUUUUUUCCCCUCUCCCCCUCUGGCCCUGUCUUCUUAUGUGGUGGCAGCGAUUCUGGUCAAUUCGUAGCGGAGCCUUGGAAAUGAUUCUAGUCUAAUGGAUGCGCGAAUCGUGCAGGAUGCGGAGGUUAUUGUUCCGUUCUGAUGAAAAAAAAUAAAUAAAAAAAAAUAAGACGGAAAUCUUAUUGGAUUCGAGCGCUGAAACGUUAAGAGGACGCAAUUCAGACGCGGAUCUUUCCAGGUGUGUGAUGAGACAAAGAAACAAAGGAUGCCUUAGAGAGGAGGUUGCCUGUACGCCUGGAAACCUCUUCAAAGCGCGCCACCAAAUGGAUCAAACGCCUCCCCCUGCCACCUCCAGAUCAUGAUACUCGGCUGAAGCUAUUCCACUACAUUUAUGAUCCCUCCUCCAUCUAUGGCGAACUAUAGCCAUGCAGGGGACCACACCAUCUUGCAGAAUGUUUCUCCUCUUGCCACAUUCCUCAAAUUAACCUCCCUGGGUUUCAUCAUUGGAGUCGGUGUGGUAGGGAACCUCCUGAUCUCCAUCCUGCUGGUCAAAGACAAGAGCCUGCACCGAGCACCCUACUAUUUCCUGCUGGACCUGUGCGCCUCGGAUAUCCUACGCUCCGCUAUCUGCUUCCCCUUCGUCUUCACCUCUGUAAAGAAUGGAUCUGUCUUAACCUACAGCAUACUGACCUGCAAAGUGAUUGCCUUCCUCGGUGUGCUCUCCUGUUUUCAUACAGCAUUCAUGCUCUUCUGCGUCAGCGUCACCCGCUACCUGGCCAUCGCGCAUCACCGCUUCUACACCAAGAGGCUGACGUUCUGGACGUGCUUGGCUGUCAUUUGCAUGGUGUGGACGUUGUCGGUGGCCAUGGCGUUCCCUCCGGUGCUAGACGUCGGGACGUACACGUUCAUCCCGGAGGAGGACCAGUGUACGUUUCAGCACCGCUCCUUCAGGGCAAACGACUCGCUGGGCUUCAUGCUCCUGCUGGCGCUCAUCCUUCUGGCCACGCAGCUGGUUUACCUCAAGCUCAUCUUCUUCGUCCACGACCGCCGAAAGAUGAAGCCCGUCCAGUUCGUGCCUGCCGUUAGCCAGAACUGGACCUUCCACGGGCCGGGCGCCAGCGGGCAGGCCGCGGCCAACUGGCUGGCCGGGUUUGGCCGCGGUCCCACCCCGCCUACUUUGCUGGGGAUCCGACAGAACAGCAACGCAGCGGGCCGCAGACGUCUUCUGGUGCUCGAUGAGUUCAAAACGGAGAAGAGGAUUAGUAGGAUGUUCUACAUAAUGACAUUUUUCUUCUUGGCUCUGUGGGGGCCCUACCUGGUUGCCUGCUACUGGCGCGUGUUUGCCAGGGGCUCUGUGGUUCCUAGAGGGUACUUGACAGCAGCCGUGUGGAUGAGCUUUGCCCAGGCCGGGGUCAAUCCUUUCAUCUGCAUCUUCUCCAACAGGGAGCUUCGGCGCUGCUUCAGCACCACACUCCUCUACUGUAGAAAAUCCAGGUUACCGAGGGAACCCUACUGCGUUAUAUGACGGUUUUGCUGGGGUUUUUUACUCAACUAUGUCUUGGUUACCCUGGUUUAUCUUGAUGUGGGCUUGUCCCAGUUGUACAGCUCUUGUUCUACGCCCUUCCCCUUCAACCUCCUGGUUUUCCCUUGCUCCUCCUUCUCAGAGGGUGGAGGGUGGACUGCUGAUCACGCGGCUCUGCGUGGGUUAUUAAAUUACAAAAAGUCCAAUUCAACAUGGAGACCGAAUGGAAUGGGAAUAUAGAGAAGAUAUGGAUCCCCUCCUAUGUUUAUGUUCUAGUAAACAGACAUUGUGGAAGGCCAUGCCGAUGCAGAAAAGCAAAAAGUUAAAAAAAAAGGGUUUUUUUUCUUUCCUUUGACAAAACGAUGAAAACAAAACCUCCUGCUUUGGAUCUUUCGAAGACGAGUUACUCUGUGAUGUGUGAAAUACAAAAAAUAAAAAUAAAAAAGUUUAAAAAGUGAACAUGUAAUGAAGAAACAAUACCUCUCAAGGAAUCAUUGGAAAUGUUUUACAGUUUAAGAGUUGCACUAAAAAGAAGAUGUAAAGUUGCAUUUCUUUGGUCGAUGGUUGCCACCUGCAUUGCAAGGACAACUUUUUUUCCUCCCUCUUUGUUUUUGUUCUCCUUCAGCGUAAACGAUGAAUGCUUUAAUUUGCAACAGACAAUACAAUUGUCUUUACCGUACGUAAAGCAAAACUUGGUGACGUUGGGAUACACACCAUCACAAGAGGAUG